GUAUUACAUUGAAUGAGCAGAGCAAAGGCGUCAGUUAGGAUAUAAAUGUUAACUUCACAACUAUCAGCAGUUGUUGAGACAUUGACCCAUCAACGACCAAUUCAAUGCUUGUCAACUCAAAGUGUGCGUUCACCUACUACAUUAACACCCCCCCCCCCUUCCGAGCCCUUCCGAGAUUUACAAUUUUCCAGUUCGCUAACCCCCCAAAAUCUCUCCAUUAAUCCAAUUUCUUGUUCUUGAGAUUCUGGGGUUUCGCAUUUUGAUUCUAAAAAUCUAUUAAAGUGAUCACACAAAUGGAUGUAGAGUUACCCAUAUCUAAUAAUCUAGCCACCACGUUCGACGAGGUCUCUUUGGAGGGUAGCAAAAGCUUCGUCAUAGCCUUGCAGGAGCUGAAGAAUUUGAGGCCUCAGCUUUAUUCAGCUGCAGAAUACUGUGAAAAGUCAUAUAUACAUAGUGAACAGAAGCAGAUGGUACUCGACAACCUGAAAGACUAUGCUGUACAGGCUCUUGUUAAUGCUGUUGAUCACCUUGGUACUGUGGCUUACAAGUUAACUGAUCUUCUCGAGCAGCAAAUAUUGGAAGUGUCAACCAUGGAGCUACAAGCAUCUUGUUUGCAUCAGCAACUUCAUACGUGCCAAGUAUACACCGGUAAAGAAGGUCUCCGGCAGCACCAGCUGUUUGCAUUUAUCCCCAAACAUCACAAGCACUACAUUUUACCAAAUUCCGUAAACAAGAAGGUUCAUUUUAGUCCGCUCGUGCGUACAGAUUCUAGACAAAACUACUUCGAGGCUUCUCGUCUUCAACCUUUUGAUAGUCCUGCACCAAAGCCGCUUUCAUGUUACUUAGCCUUGGAAAUGAAGCCUACUUCGAAAGGGAAUUCAGACACUUUGGCAAGCAACGAAAUCUCGAAACAUUCGGGCAAUGGUUCUGAAGUUUUCCGGCUAUUGGAUAAUGGAGAUAACACAAGGACAAAGUCUUCGGCAGCACCUUUACUUGCUUCGAAUCCACUUGUUCCAACACUGGGUAUCACACAUGGGGAAUUGGAGGGACCGUCGAUGGCGUUCAGGUCAUUUGAUAACCGAAAGCAUCAGAUCGUUCGUGCAUCUGUUAGAAGCAAAAGCUUGCUCUCAGCUUUCUUCGUCAAACAGAAAUCAAUGAAGCUAAAAGCUGGAUAUGUUGCAUGAAUCUCCAUUUGAACAAUCCCAAUGCCACCUUGUAAAUCACUCAUUGUGGAUAAUCAUGAGUUACAUUAUCCACUCUUAUGAAUAGUUUGUAUAGUUGAAUGUUCAUUGUUAAUUUUCCCUAGAAAUUUCAUAAAUUUUCCAUGAAAA